AUGGAUAAACUUCGUCGUGUUCUGAGCGGCCAAGAGGAGAACGAGGAGCUGGGACUGACCGCUCAGGUACAUCUACAGUCUGACAGCUAAUGCUAAUGCUAACGCUGUCUGUGUGUAAAACUCAAGAGUUUAAAACACUUCAACUAAACUGAGCUGACUUUUUUUCACACAGUAUGUGACUUAAGGCGAAUUCUUAAAAAUGCUGUCUUUAAUGUCAGUGUGGUUUUUAUAUUUUUAAACGCUGUUAGCCGUUAGCUUUAAAUCAGUUUACUACGUUAGCCUCGUUAGCAUCCAACAGACGAUAACACGAUAAAACUACUGUAGGUGUUUUAACCACUUUGGCUGUUUUAACUACUUUAACUGUUUUAACUACUUAAGCAGUUUUAAUUAUAAUAACUAUUUUUAACUCCUUUAACACCGAAAACACUUUAUUUAGUUUCAUUUUUGUCUUAUCUUUAAACUUCCACGGAUCUGUUUCCGGUUAUUUUCCCAGUAUUUCCGUUUAUUUUAGUGAUGAUUAAAGUGAAGUUAUUUUUCCUCUUAUUUUAAGGUAGUAGAAUUUCCUUUUGAUAAAUUUGUUUUGUUUUCAUGUUAAAGCUCAAAAUUUACUGUAUUUGUUUCAGACUGAUGUCAUUAAACGCCUCAGUUUAAUACUGUCUCUUUGAGACUGACAGCAUUCCAGAACUUAGCACUCUGGGACCCUCCUCCACUGUUGCCAUGUCGCUUUUUUGUAGCGAGACCUCAGGCCAGUCAAUUACAGACUACAGCGGGGUGACGCAGCUCAAGAAAGAACAUUUAUGAUCAUCUCUUUAUCAUUUCCUUGAAGUAAUAAUCAUCAUAUUAAUCAUUUUACAGACGCGGUAGUUCUUCUGCCUUAGCGUCUCGGUCUGAUUGUAUUUCUGUGAAGAAAUGAUGCAUCCUGUGGCUUUUCAGACGCUCACAGAAACACUCGGGGUUAAAUGGUACUAAAGGUUAAAAUCUGAUUAAUUUUUACUUUCUAACACAGCUGAUAUUAACCACCAAUGUUAAGACACGUUCAUGUUUGUUCUCUGUCCCAAACUGUGUUUAGUUAACAACAGCUGACAUAAGUAAUUGGCCCACAUGAUCAAUUCUCUCAUCAGUUAUUGACCUUGUGUCAGCUGGCAUAAAAACAAACACACUGGUGCUGACGGUUCGGUUUGUCUUUAAACAUCAUAAAUACUCCUCAGCUCAGUGAAUCCUCCUCACAGAGUCUGUUACCUGCUGAUAGAACUUUAGUUUUCAACAUUUAUAUCAGUGUCCUGUUGUGUAGAUCAAUUAUGACUGCUAAUUUAUUAUGUGUGUGCUGUUUUUUAAAUGUAUUUGAUGGUUUUAAAUGUGUUGCCCUGUCUUUUAAAUGGUAUAUUUGCAAAUUUCUGCCUUAAAUGUGAAAAGUGGACAAUUAAAAUGUAAAACUCGUUAAAGUUUAUUUAAGAAAUUUAAAGCAGUCAAAAAGACUGCCUUCUUCAUUCUUCUGUCAGCCUUCACUGAAUUGUACAUUUAUACUUCCACAUGCAUUCACCGUGAGGAGGGACUGAGGUGAGUUACUGAUUUGCACCCUGUGUUUUUUUCUAACAUGUUUCAAAGUUAAAGUUUCACUCUGGAGCUUCAGGGUCUGCAGGUCUCUGCAGUUUCUCCUCUACACUUCAGUUUUAUUGGUUCCUUCUGUGAAUGUUUCUGUGUACUUUCUGUUCCUUUAUCACAGUGAGUCUGUUUUCAUGUUUGAAGAUAAAACUGAGCGGGCUCUUAUCUGCUGGGCUCCAGCUGACUAGUUGAAAUCUUCAGUAGGAAGCGUGUGGGUCAUUAGGUCUGUGCUGUGACAUCCUCUCAUUGUUCUCUGCAGACCCUGGAUGUCAGCUCUCUCAGCUACAGCACCAGAGUGAAAUGGUUCUUCAUAUGCUUCGCUGCAGGCAUCCUGUGCUCCAUCCUCGUGAGUCUCUCUCUGUGUUUUCACUGAACAGACGCUCGUAUGUCUGAUUUUACUCUGAACUCAGGAAUGCAGAGAAUGCAGAGCGUACGCUGAAGACUCUGAGGAGAGAGUUUCUCUGCUGCUGCUGCGUUUGGUCUGAACUUUUAAGACUCUAAAAUUCAGCUCUAAUACCAACAAGAGGGAAUACUGUAAAUUUGUGCCAUCACUCUAAAUCAGAGGAUGACCAUCUCCCAAAACGAGAACAUUUCAAAGAUCUGGUCUAACUGUUAGAAAAAAGUCAAAUUAAAACACGAAAUCCUCAGAGGAGAAUUAACCAAGGUAGAAAAAAAACAACUUUUCAUCUGUUUGGAUUUUCCUUUUAGAAACAUGUCACUGACACCAACUUUAAAUGAGCAGAUAUAUUUUUAAUGAAUAACAAUAAAAGCUCACUAACAUUUGAUAUAUCACACACUUGUUUCAGUUCAGUAUAAGCUUUGAAUGGUGUACAGAGUUUGCAGUUGAAGUUAGAGGAAGUCUUGACGUUGGCAGAUUUCACUCAUCACACCAAGGAGGUGAAAAUUUAUGCUGACAAAGUAACAAAACCUCAGACUGAAGUCUGGAUGGGGAAGUUCACAGAGAGAGAAGAUAAGUGUGUACAAACAUCAGAAAUAAAAUACAUCUGAAAAACAAGUUUUGAACAUCUUCAUAUAUUAAAAUUCUUCUCUAACUGCCGCUCUGAAUCAGAAACAUUUGGACAACAUCAUAAAACGCAGUUAUUGGACGGUUUUUAUUCAAGCGCUAAUGUUUGGUUAGAUACUGCAUCUUCUGAAAAUCAGUUUAACACCAGUACUGUUAUAAAACUGUUUUUGUAAAAAGCGAAAAAAAGAUAAAAACAAAUAAAACUCAAAGUUUUUGAAUCAAAGCCUCACAGUAUUUGGACACUAGGGGGAGCUGUUACAUUUCUCUACAGACUCAGGACCGCCCACGGGACUCGUAAAUGUUUGUAUGAUGAUAUUUGUAUAUCUUUUACUCACGCUGAGGUCAAAGGUGACGUCACUCUGUGGUUGACACCGUCUGUUUUCACUCCUUUAACAGGGCACAGCUCUGCUGUUCCUGCCUAACGGGAUGAAGCUCUUCGCCGUUUUCUACACACUAGGGAACCUCUCAGCUCUCGCCAGGUAAGACCCUCCUGUCCAGGUCUGAGUCUUGGGACAUUUUCCUCAUGAGAUGACAAACUGACAAGAUAAUGAUGAGCAUCAGCCUCAGCUGCAGUUUGAUCCACCAGACUUUUCUGAUCGAUGCUCAAUAACAGAAUAAAUGUUCAACAAUCAGGCGGAGAGAAGUCUAGAAAGUUCUGAUAAAACUCCAACAAAGAUUAACAAAAGAAAAUCAAGAAUAAAGGAACGAACGGAGAAGAGUCUGAAAAAGAGUCUGAGAAGAGGAAGAGGACGUCAGAUCAGGGAGAAUCAAAACCAGUGAAACGAUGAGAGGCAGUGAGGUCCAAAUAUAUGAAUAAGUGAACAGAUAAAUAAAAAGAGGAGGUCAGAGGAGGAUUUUAAAACAAAUGAUCAGUGAAGAACCGCAGACAGCAAAACAAAGGACACAGACAGAGACACAUGAAGACUCUGUGGACUCUCCUGUGAGGCAGCAGAGGAGGUGCUGCUGAGUCAUGUUAGAAGGGGAGCUGAUCACUCAGUCCUGAUCAAGUCUGGGCUGUAGGUUCAAACAUCACAGGAACUAACCAGAUAGAGAAUCACUGAUGAAGAGAAAUGAAGCCGGUAAUAAACUGAAUGACAGGAAUUUGACAGUGUUACCUUCUUCAUAGAAAAUUACAUUAAACUCACAGAGAAUUAGAUCAGUUUUUAGAGGUCAAAUUUGACCUUAAAGAUGAAAGUUUAUUCAAUAUUUCACAUUUUUUCUGAGUAUGAGGGAGCGAGUUUGUCUGAAAACUGAAGGAAAUGUGGAUAAAAAUCAUCCUAGUGUGAGUUUGUGGAGGAGGAACCUAAAAUAAAGUCCAUCUUCAGACUGAACUUCAGUUUCCAGCUCAGAGUAAAAGAAGUGUCUGUAGUAUCUGGUGUAGAUCCACAGCCUUCCUCUCAUAGCGGUGGAGGGAUAAGUAGAGUAUUAGUGAUUAAUGAGUGAUGGUAUUAACGGCGCCCUCAUCCCCGCCUCAUCAGCAGUAACAGCCUGUGCAGGAACAUUAUUAACACGUCCACGGCAGUUUAAAAAAAGUGUGGCUCCCUCGCUCUCAGCAGAGCGUCUGCGUCAACAUCGACUCCUCUGCGGUCUGAGCGAGCAGCUGUGACGCUCCACGGGUUUCCUCUGCCCACUCAGCUCAGUGCGCCUCGUCCGCGGGGAAAGCCUUCGUGUUACGCUCACACUGACGUCACACGUGCAUCACGUAGGAGGUUUGAAACGUGUCUCUGGGCAUUAAAUAUUAACCCCCUGUAAGUUUGCAACGUGCAGCGUAAAUCUGACUCACAGUGUUCACGUCACUCUGGAGACAUUUGUGAGUCUGCGUGAAAAACAUGAUGACUACAGUGAGAUCUGGACUGAGAGCAGAGUUUGACUCUCUGAUCGUAAAACUGAUGAACAGACUCAUUUUCAGGGAGAGGAGUGAAGAUAUAACCAGACUUCAGAGGGUUUUAAAAAGAAAUAUUAGAAACUCUUAAACUUUGGUAGAAAAAGACAAAAAAGAUUUUUUUUUCAUCAGAUCUGAGCUUCAGUGUUUUACUCAGACAGAUCAGGGUAACAGUAACAGCAUACUCGUCAAUAAUAAUAAGUCAUGAUGAACUUUACUGAUCAGUUCCUCUUUGGUUCUCCUCCAGCACCUGCUUCCUAAUGGGACCACUGAAACAGCUGAAACGCAUGUUUGAACCGACGAGGCUGAUCGCCACGAUCGUCAUGCUGGUAAUUAUCCUGAAUUUUCCUUUCUAGCACGUUCAGUCCCCCUAAAUGCACCACGGAGCAUCAUCGAAGGAAGUCAUUCUUACCUGUGGCCAUCAAACUUUAUAACUCCUCCCUUUUAGCGUCUCUGGACUGAUUCUCAUGCAGUGGCUGCGAUCUGUCUGUGAACCUUACAAAACUUCAAAACUGCAAUAUUCACUUUGUUAAGCUGUAAAUAAUAUCCUAAAGUACAAACUGCUCUAGUUCACACUUCCUGUAAACAGCUUUAUUUCUAGUUUUCUGCACUUUUUACAAACUGUUUUUUCAAACUGCAAUUUCCAUGAUCGUCUCCUAAAAGGUCGUAUCCUCCGAUCGUAGCUGAUCGUAACCAUUCAAGUUAACGUGUCAAUUUACACCGACUUCUUUCCGUUCCUGUGCGGAUCGCCGGACUCCUCAGCUGAUCUCAAGAGUUCUAUUUUUUCUGGACGCCGGAGCAUGGCGGAUAAAUUCAGCACAGAUUAACCCGUGCUGGAAAGGAAGUCGGGCACAGACACAAAAUAAAACAUCCGGCUUCUUUUCAAAAUAAAACACUCCGUGUUUCAGGAGGAUCGUAUUUCACACCAUGCAAACGGGCGGAGACGAACAAGUGAAAGGUUUUUAGACGUCAUUUCACCCCGAUGACACCAUGGAUGAGGAGAUGCUGAUUCUAGAAGUCUAGAAGUAGAUUUCCUCCUCUGGAAGGACACAAUCUACUGCUUAUAUGUCUAUGUGUCUGUCUUUAUAGAGACGACUCGUUAUCAUGUGAUUGAACGUGAAUCUGCGGGUUAUUGAAGAUGCGGUGGAAAUCCUGGGUUAUUUAUUCCUAUUUCUGUUAAUAUUUGUGUUUUCAAGUUCUCUUCUGCAAAUCCAGAGUUAUCGUCAGUCUCAGGUUUUCAGGCACGUUGACGUCAUUUCUGCCCUUUUCUAGUUCUGGUCCAUGAAAAGUCCAAACAUUUCAGUCACCGCGUGACUCAGCUGUCAGACACUUCACCCUCAGCUUCAUCUUCAUCUUUGAGCGUUCAGAGCUGAUCUAUCCUUUAGAUAUCUUUGUAAAUAUGAUCUUUGAUUAAGUGCAUAACUGGGAUAAAUGCAGAUUCAGUGUCUCAGAGUCAGAGAGGGUCGAAGCUGCAAACUUCAGAUGUUAAAGUGACGUUAUCGUCGUAGCUGGUUUUGGUUUUGUCAGCAGCAGAGAGAGUUUGAACCUGCAGAUGGUUGACAAUUGGUUGGUUUAUUUAAGCUGCGUUUAUCUGCUGAAGGAGCACUUAAGGAAAUGAGUUUCUAAAUAUGGAAACUAACAGCGUUUUCUCUGUUAGAAGUAUAAAACCAAAGUAAAUGAAGACGAUCAGAAACUUCAUGUCUACUGCUCUGUUUCCUCUCUGGAUGAUCCUCUAAACUGAGUUCUCUCUUCAAUAAUGACAAACAGCGUGUCUACCAUGAAACAAUCAAAGACAGUGGAUCAUCUGAAAAAUCACGUGAACGCAGGAUUAUCGCCGAAAUGUCGGUGAUGAUCAAAACGCACAGAGAGGAGUUUUUACGUGAUUAUGCAACAGGCUCAGUUUAAAAACCACGGCGCCAUAUGACUCAGAGAGAUGACCGACUAUUUUUAGGAUUCAUUUUUCUGAAGCCGGUCAGAGUCAAAGUGAAGCACGACGGUUUGUAAAUGAAGUCUUUAUUUUAAGAUGAUCUACAGAUAUGAUAUAGAAUGUAGGAACGGACCCUCUACUCUUUAAAACUGAGGAUGCAGCAUCUAUGAUUUCUAGUUCUUUGUUAAUUCUCAAUAAGUCCAGCUGUCCUUUCCAUGCAGUGAAUCGGUUUCUAAAAUGAUUAAAAAUGAGAAUAAUUUAAAGUUCAUGAUCCCUUCUGUGAGGAAUCAUCCGUCUCUUCUCUUCUUCCCUCAGCUCUGCUUCGUCUUAACGCUCUGCGCCGUCUUUUGGGUGAGUACAAACACGAUUAAAAGUCUCAUUCUGUCUCUGAUAACGAAGCGCCGUUUGGAUCACCCGUCCCUGUUUGUCCCCGCAGUGGAGGAAAAACGGGUUGGCCAUCAUCUUCUGUAUCCUGCAGUUCUUGGCGAUGACUUGGUGAGUGCGAUCGGAGAGUCUCAGUGAACUCAUCACUUCCUCUUAGUCAGAUAGAGCCGACCUUCCGGGUCAGGGAACUUUUCCUCCAGCUGCUCUGGCACGCAGCGAAUGUCAGUGACUUGAGUUAAUCACGUGUUGAUGCUUUAAGCUUACUAACUGCUGCUGACGUGUGCACAGCUGAACCAAUAUAUACGGUUGAUCUCACACGAACAUCAGCACGCCGCACGUCAAACUGCACCUCAUCUGAGUCUGAGAGAGUUUGAGCUUCUUAUUAGAUAUCUUUAAUGUAAAUAAAACAGUAAAUAAAUAACAUGUAGACGUCAUGAAUCCAAGUGACAGCAGUGACAGCUGCCCGGCGUUCCUGCUGUCAGGUAGAUCACCUGACAGGUCUGAGAACGGUCAGUGUGUUUUCUGGACUCAGUACCAGGAUCAGUGUGAAUCUACUUAAGGGUGCAGAGACAGACAGGUGUGUCCAUCUGUGGUAAUCACCAGUGAGACAAAAGCCGUAUUUCCAUUAAGAGAAGCUUUCAGUUCAGGAGGGGCCUCUUAAAGGAGCAGUACAACUUAGCAGGUCAGAGUUACUGAAGUGAUUUACAGGACGUACUGAAUUUAUCAAUGAAACAAUGAAACAACAGCAAUGAAAGGAAACUAACUUCUCUCUGCUUCACUCGCUGUUUGGCUGUUUCUCACUUUUUAAGAGGUUGGAAGCUGUUUUUUUUUUUUUUUUUUUUUUCUAUGUCAUUUGGGCCACUUUUUUUUUCUAAGUCACUUUGGCGAAUUUUUUUUUUUUUUUAUGUCACUUUGGCCAUUUUUUUUUCUUAUUUAUUUUUUUAAAGUCACUUUGGCCAAUUUCUUUAUUUUGUUUUAAAAGUCACUUUGGCCUUUUUUUUUUUUUUACGUCACUUUGGCCAAUUUUAUUUUUUUUUUUAGAGUAACUUUGGCCAUUUUUUUUCUAAAUGUCACUGGCCAGUUUUUUAUUUUUUUUAAACGUCACUUUGGCCACAUUUAUUUAUUUUUUGAUCAACAGAUGAAACAAUCAAGUGUAGUUCCUGAACAUUUAAACAAACUUCCCCCAUACCCCCCACCAACAUUUACUGGACCCCGAAUUUUUAUACAUCAGGACAUCGACACAAACUUGGUAGAUAAAAAAGAAAACCAUAACGGAGACUGAAAAAAAGGAAAAACAAACAAAUUAACACAAAAAAAGGAAAAACAGAUACAUAUAUAUAUAUAUAUAUAUAUAUAUAUAUAUAUUUGGGUUACAUAGAUAUGUUACUUUGGCCAAAUUUAACCGCCGUAGAAUCCACGGAGGUCUAAAGACGUGCGAAGUAAAGGCCGAUCAGUCUGCCGAUACGUAAGAAAGACGCACGAUUUAAAGUUCGACGUGUGUGACAGUGGAGGGUUGAUAACUCUGUCUUAUUAUUAUUACAUAACCUUCAGUUCAUCAUAAGUAUUUCCUCUCAUUUAAUCCCUGCUCUGAUUUAAACACUGAGCUGACGGUUGUGUAACGAUGAUUGACAGACACGACUCCCUCAGAGCGCCGUUACACGUGUGUGUGUGUGUGUGUGUGUGUGUGUGUGGGCAUGUCUGCACUUGUGUCUUCAUUAAUCUGAACAUAUUUGCUCAGCAGGAACAAAGACUGAAUUUCAGACCCCCCCCCUCUCUCCCUCCUUAAGCUAACAGACAGUUUCUGUGCAUCAGCGCUCAGGACGUUUGCACCUACAUGUUGUACAUUCACUUCCUGCGUUCUCAAAGGCAUCCCCAUGGCAACCACUGAUCACACACACACCCACAUACACACACUCUCUCUCACUCCUCACAGACGGGGGGCACACACACACACACGCUCCCACGCAGGGACUCAGACGUCCGUGUGAAGGCAGGAAGACGGCGUCACUGAGCCACAGAGAGGCGGGUAAAGUCCUCGUCCCGCAGACCGUGAAGUGACCAUAUGACAGUGAAACGCCAGGACUGACACUGACUCAGUUUAGAGACCGAGAUAAACCAGUUUCCUUUAAUCUGAAGUCUGUAAAAUGAAAAUAGAUCCUACGUUUAUGGAGGAGAGGAAAUUAAAAUAAGGUUUUUAAUUUUCAUCACAAAUAAACGUUAAGAUCAAACAAUGAAUGUUUGAAUGUUUCUCAAACCUGUAACAAAAUACAACCAGAACAAGACUUCGCAACAUGGCUAGUGUCGGCUUUGGCGCCCCCUCUCGACUCUCACCCACUCUCCUCUUCCAUAACCCACUGUCACAUCUCUCACUAAAAAACACAAAAUCCUAAAUAUAAACUUAAUAAAAUCAAAUGUCGGCCGAGCAGUCAGAUUAAACACUAACUGUGAAUAUUAAUGGUGUUAAAAAAAGAUGAUUUCCUCCGUGAACGUCCGGUGUGAUGACGAUGGUUUGAGAGGUGUCAAUAUUAAAACACAGAAAUAAAGAAAUGAAACGUCUUAAAGGAGCUCAAACAUUAUCUCUGUGAACUAAAAGACAUGAAAGAAGAGGAAGAGCUCCUCACUGCUCCUCUAAAGUCACCUUUUUCUCCAGUCCUAUCCCUUAUAAACAAAAACAACAAUAACAAACAAUUAUAGAUGUUUUCUGGACAGUAAAGUGAGUGAUCGGUGUGAGACAGAGGUCCACAUAUCAGUCAGUAUUUUGAAGUGAUGGUGAUCUCUACUUCCUGUUUUCUUUUCACCCGUGGAUAAUGUUGUAGUUUUGGUCGAUGGUUCUAUUUUAAGAUACUUCCUGGCGUUCCUCUGACAUGUUCGUCGUGUUCAUCGGUUAAUCAUCGACCUCUGGACUGAAUUCCUCUCGUGUUUUAAACAUAUUUGGUGAUUCGGGGGAUUUUUCUGCUUAACUGAAGUUGUAAUCAUUACCGCUGAGGAGUAUCAUGUUUUUCGCCGCUGUACUUUGUCUUCAGUCUCCAAUCUGUCCGCUGUCAUUAGUGCAAAGAUUACAGUUCACAAUCAGGUUUGGUUAAUCCUCCCCCGCUGUGCCGAAUCAAAGAUCCUCCACGCCGAUGUUUACGACCUCACGGAGCGUUUAAAUGUGUGUGUCUUAUUUCAGAAACCCAUUAUUAUGAUGCUUUUAAGUCCUAAAUCUCUCAGUUUUAUCUGCUGUGGUUUUUUUUCAUGUUUUAAUCUCAUGGACGACAAAAACAAGUUUAAAACAACUUUAGGUUACGAGAUUUCUGACAGAGUUAAUUAUUCUGAGUAAAAUAAAAGUGUUAAUCAUGUUUGUUUUUCUCUGUUUCAGGUACAGCAUCUCCUACAUUCCCUUCGCCAGGUAAGACGCUGCGGUUUUAUGGUCGUUUUAUUGACAUUAAUGUGACGUUACAGACGGUCUGAGUGGGUUUAAAACCUGAUUUUGGAGUCUUUAGGCAAACACCAAACUGUCCAAGUUUUACAGUCUGAGAAUCACUUUUAAACUCUUGAACCCGCUCUCCUGUGGUCCGACUGAAACCUCCAUCCUGACCUCUGAACCAGAUCCAAACAACUCGUCUCAGAUCAGUCAGUGUUGGCGUGCGGCGUCUGUUUUAUGGUGUAAAGACCAAUUAAGACAGGUCCCAGUACAGAGCCGUGGGGAACUCCAGCCGGGCAGCUGAGGUAUUCGACACCUGGGUUAAAGCCCGACACGUGAACCGGGGUCGAUCAGGAGAGAAUCGACCCUUAGCUGUUUUAUCGGCAUUUGUUCAUUUGACUUUCAGCUCAGUGGGAUUGUAGUUAAUCCGACUUGUUUACACGUAUUUUAAAAGUUCAGUUUUAGUCGGACUUUCCUGAAAAGACUCUGAAGGUGAGGGUGGAGAGUCCAGGUGAGAGGCCAGGUGUUAUUACAUUGUGUUCCUGUUUUUACUAUUUAUUAUGUGUAAAUAAAAACAUAUAUCUUCUUAUAUAUACUUUUAUUUAUUUAUUAAUUUUUAUUCCACUACCACUCUACCCCCAGAAGUGCAAUAUUACUCACCGUGCUGCUAUUUUACCCUUAGUUUUAAUGUUUUUUAUUUUUCUUUAUAUUAAAUUAAACACCAUCAUGCUGUGAUAUGGAAGCCAAACAACGACAUUUCACUGCAGAGAGGAAUCACUGCUGCUUUAAAGAAAGACUAAGUCUAAUUAAACAGCCGUGAAUGAACCAUCAGAUUGAGUGUUUUCAGACCGAGGCAGUCACAAACUAAGAACUGUAUAAUCCAGAUAACAAGAAACACUAAAGACAUAGUUUAUCAUAUAAAAUAACUUAAACAGGUGAAAAACUCAAAGAAAUCAGCCGUCAUUAUUGGUAAUAUGUUAUUAGGUUAUUGUAUUAUGGGUCUGAAUCAAGUCUGACUUUAUUUUGGCGGGUCAGCCUCAGGUGGUCGCUGGAGGAAGUGCAGUUUCUCAGCUGUGGAGGUUUCCAGUUCAGUGAUGUACCUUCAGUCCUUUAAUGAUGUUCAGUGAUAUUUAUUUUCACUAAAGGAGCUCGACUUAAGAUAAUAUAAGAUAUUAAUUUAUUCAUCCAACGAGGAGAAAUUAAAACUUUACAGCAAUGAUAAAUAAAAAAGAGAGAUGAAAGGAUUCACCAUCUCUACUUCUGUUUCUCUGGAGCUGAAAAACAUUUCCACUCUGGUUUCCGUCACGCUCAGUCUAAUCUACGGACAUCCUCUCAAACAACAAACUGGGAGGUGAAACUAAGAGUGAGCCUCCAGUAAAAACAUGUUUUUAUUCUGGUCCAAACUGUUGUCCUCCACCAUAUGGCUGUAAUCCCCCCCCACCACUGCUGCAGGCACUUAGUGUCGGGCAAAUGGCAGCUUGUUGUUUCACACUCUCUGAUGAGACGAGGUCGGCUUUACCAGCAGAUCUGAAUGAAAUCAUUUUUAGUGAAAUAAAGCUCUUUACUCAGAUUUCCCUAAAGUUAUCUCCCCUAAUGAAGCUGACGUGACGUACGCUCAGAUUAUGGUAAGCCCUGUGGCACAAAGAGGAGUUUUGAUUAGAUCCAGACCUUCACGGGCCGUUCUGUGAGACCAGGAUCAAGAUCUCCUAUCAGCUCAUGUUCUCAUCUCCAACAUCAUCUCAGGGUUUGACAUGAGAGAGAAUCUCCCUCCGCUGAGCUGGAGGUGUGAUGUUGUUUUGUCCGUCCAGCUGUAAGCGGGGUCGGGUCUCAUUUGGUGAAAGGUCCGGCGCCCCCGUGAAGCCGCCCCCCCUCCUCCUCGGUUAAGUGCCUUGUGUGUUGAGGCGACCCCGUAAUCCUUUCUGACAGCUGAGAGACGUCCCAUAACCACCCCGAGUCCCCCCUCCCCCAACCGGAGCGCCAACAACAACACAAAGCUGAGACAAAGACCUUUUUCCUGGUGCAACCUCCUCCAAAAAUUCCUCUGGAGAAACUGGAACCUUCUCCGGGGUUUUCAGGACCCUCAGAGCCCACCUUCACCCCCUCAUCUCCUCUGUUUUCAUGUUUUCACCUCACACAUGAUUGUCUUUUCUCUCUAAGCUCCUUACUCUAAUCCAUUUUUCAUUUAAUUUACUCUUGAUCACUUCGCUCUCUGUUGAUCAGCAGCUUAUUUACACAAUAGAAAGCAUUAGACUGCACUUUUUAAAACAACACAUUGACUCACGUGAUGUUGUGAAACAAACCGUGUUACCUGUCUGGCCUCAGCGCUCGCCACAUGGUCCCUGGACUUGAUCCUUUAAUGUAUUUUACCUCCUUGUUAUUUAUAACCCUCAGGCUGGCAGGUUUGGGCGCUCAAACCUGCUGCAUGUGCACUUCCCACAAUGCUUUGAGGCUGCUGUUGCUCUGAUAUGAAAUCAGAAAUAAGGCCGAACGAUUAUUUAUUCAUGCAAAGCAGAAACAGCAUCAGACCUGACGUGAAUAUGAAACAAAAAUCAGCUGAAAGGAGGGCGAGCCUUUCCUUCGGCGUGGAGUGAAUUUCUCUGAGCGGAGCAGCGCUGACCUCUCCUCCCCCUCUCCUCCCCCUCAGUCUGCUCCCACCCCCCUCCUCUCCUUCUCCUUUUAACCUUCACGGGUUUCACACCUCCUCCACAUAAAAAAAAAAAAAAAAAAAACGUCUGUGGGGCUGCGGGCGAAAAAGUCUGCAUAGCAACACACCGAGGGCAGGAGCGAAACGCCGUUAAAGGGUGGAAAAACACAGAGCGGUUACCAUGGUUACCACUCCUAUUGCAUCAUCCCUCAUCACAGAGCACCUGAAGACGGGGGAGCCCCCCGUCACGGCGAGCAUGUGGAGCAUCCCCCCGCCAAAACACGCUCACUUAUUCAUGAUGAGCCACACCCAGAACGCCAAAACAAAGAGUCCGAGAGCUUUUAACGUCACUUUGACUUCACACGGAUCAACGAUUUUAACGUUUUUAAAAUGUUUUAUUCCUCCUGGAGGAUUUCUGAUCAAUGCUGCUGUCAGUCUUUUGUUUUUACACCCUGAACAAUAAGACUCUCUGUCUUUGGUUUCUAUUUUAUCGCUGUUUUCAUUGUUAUUGUUUCGCCAUAAUAACCCCGUCAUAACCUUCCUCUUUAGUAUCGAUCACUUUUUACCGUUUCUGUUCUUAGUUCUCGGUCUUUGUGCAGAACUGCAGGCUUCUAUCUGCAGUUGGUCUGGGCGAUUUGGAAAAAAAAAAUAUCGCGAUUAUUAUCAGGAUUUUAUUUUUAAACUGCCAGUUUUAAAGCAUCUGAACUAAAAACUAAAAAAACUAGAGAUUAGUUCAACAUUUUAUUAACAUACAAAGUAAAUAACAAAGAAAAUAAGAUACACUUAGAAAAAUAUAAAACCAUUUUAACUCAACAGAACAACAAAUGUAGAUAAAUACUAAAUAAAACAGUGAACUAGUUUACAGAGUUUAGAGAGUUUCUGCAGGAAUGAAAGACCAAAAAUAAACAAAUGAAGAUGCCUUAAAAUGUAAACAUUGGAUGACGUAAACAUAGAUGAUAUGAUUGAUUGCUUCGGUCUGGUGGCUGCACCGCUAGUUGUCGCUAAACUGCUAAUGCUACUUGUGGCGUCGGCAGUGACAGGCUGUACAGACUCCGCCCACAUUUUCAUGCUUUCCCUAUAAAUAAUUAAACAGAUCUGUUGUGCUGCCGGUUUUUGAGGCGCUGAUCGCCGACAUACCUCACACAUCGGCUGACAUCUAUCUUGCUGCCCCCAGCUCCGCGUUCAGCUCCAUGUUCGGUCAUUCUGUUUACUUCCUGUUUACUACCCCGGUAACUUUCAGAUGUGAGCAGGAAAAGCUCGACUCUGAUUGGCUGUUGUGACGCACAGUUCCUCUUUGUUUGAUCGAGUAAAUAAGCUCACAGCUGAUCACUGUUAUCGAACUGAAAUUUAUCACGAUCAUCGAUCACGAUCAUAUAAUCGCCCAGUCCUAACCUGCAGCUCCUGAAAAUGUUCAAAUGUGAGUCGUGUGUGAACACAAACACCUGAGUCCUUCACUUUACCUGUGCCGUUCCUGCGGGACGUUUACAUGAGAUCGUGCAGUUAGAGUGAAACGCUGUGAGAAUAUUCACGGGUCGUAACCUGCAGGUCAGGAGGACGAGUUUUAUCUGUAGGAUCAUGUUUAUUAGCUGGAGGUCAGACUGAGUGAGACCGGUCUGGUCCACCCUGAGGGGAACUGUUCUUCUUAUCAGACCACUUAGGGUCUGUUUUUACGUUUAGAUGAACUGCUAAUCAGAGUUAAUUACUGUCAAGUGGUUUCCGCCAAUCAGAACCUGUUAUUUGACAAAACCAGGUGAUUAGUAAGAAAGUGGGGUGAUAAGACUCAAACAGCAAAGUUUUCUAUUUAUUUUUAAUUAACUUUUAUUUAACCUCGAGUCUCGUACGUUAAGUCCUUGUUUCCUCGAGAGAUUCAAACUGAGAGACCUUUUCUGGAUCUGUGGACGCCGUCUCACUCCUGGUUCUAGUGAAGAGUAAAAACUUAAUUUGGUGUUUUGUUCAGUAUCAGCAGAAAGAAGUUUGUCGGUUUAAUAAUUUAGAUUUAAUGUUGUCUAAAAAGGACAGGACCCCGAUACCGAACCUUGUGGAACCCCGUUUGAAAACAACAAUAAUAAUAAUUGUGUUGAGCAUGAAUUCAUUUUUACAUUUUUACAUAUCAAAGAUUUAACUCCUCUCUGACCCUCCUGACUCUGAUGGACGUGUGUGAAAAACUCUGCAGCUUCUUCAGGGUCGUAGAAACGUUCAGUAGAGUUCAUCUGAAAGUAAAUUAGAGUAUCGUCCUUUUUGAUUCACACCCGUCCUCCCUCUCUCUCUCUCUCUCUCUCUCUGUUUCUCUCCAGGGACGCCGUGAUGAAAUGCUUCACCACCUGCCUGAGUUAG